AUGAUAACACAUAAAGAGAUAGUUGAGAAACGAAGGCAAGAGCUAAAGAAAAAAGCUGCUGAAUUCAAGAAUCAAACUCAACUUAGCCUCGAGAGAGUUAAAAACAACUAAAAUGUGUCAGAUAAUAAGAAAGCAAAGUUCCUACACAGAUAGUAACUAGCUGAGUUGACUCAGAAAAUUUACUAGGAUAAGAAAGAAGUCAGAAACCGCAUAAUGAGAGAAAAGAGCAUGGCUAACUAGUAGAAAUCCAUAUUUGGGUAGUAGCAUAAUAGCGAGUUAGAUCAAAACUAUAAUCAAAAAAUAUAAGGUGAAGUGCAAGAGAAGAUCAAUAACGAUUUGAUUUUGAAAGAACUUGAAAUGGAGGAGCAGUAACUGAUAGCAAAUUUGUAAUUCACAAUUAGAAAGGAAUAAGAAUGGAUUGAAAGAAUUAAGGAUAUUGAGUAGCAGUCGAUGAAGCAAUCGAAGAUGUUUACGAGCACUAUGACUACAACUAAAAAGACCACUUCUACUGAUAAGCCAAUUAAAAAGAGAAUGGACUCUGAGUUAGAAACAAAUCCCAACAGCCCAGGAAACGAGGAUGACUAUUUAAUGACUCCUUGA